CACAAACAAAAAAUUAAAACAGCAAACUUUGAGUUUUUGACCAAAGUAAUAGAAGUGCGUACGAAUCAUCUGUAGUUGCUAAAUAUAUGGCUGUUGUUAGAGGCUUCAUUUCAAAGACCAUGCUCCAAAUACCCAUGUUGAGGGCCAUGCAAUGGAAAAUUAUUACCGUAAGAUGUGCUUCUGGAGACACAAGGCCGGGUCUUAGUACAGGCAGUGGUGGGCAAAUCAAUGAAUCACCCGAAAAAUAUGCCGUGACGGAUGAGGAGCAGAAUGGAUCCAGCACUUCAAAUGAUGAAGUUUUAUCAACUCUACCAGAACAAGUAGAAAAUAAAGAUUAUAACACGAAUAACAACAGUUUUACUGCUACUGAUGAUCAACCUUUUACAAACGAUGAAAAUUAACGUCAAUUAUGCAUGGUUCUCCUUGCUUUGACAGAAGACGAAAUUCCCAAGUAAAUGAUCGUUUGUAAUCCAUGGAUAAUAAUAAUAAUAAUAUAUACAUAUAUGUAUAUGUAUAUGUAUUAUGUAUAUGUAUAUGUGUAUAUGUGUGUGUGUAUAUACUGUCUCCUUCCUUCGCCUUUAUCUUCUUUUUGGAAUAAAUUUGUACGCAUGAUU